AACAAACUGCUCAAGAUGAAAACCGUGAAGGUGCUUCAGCGAUACCCAGAUGUUAUCAUUAACAAACGAGGUGAGAAAUCCAGUCCAUGUCAUGCAGCCAAGUGCCAACAUUUUUGUGUACUCAGCCAUGUCAACGACAACAAAGGUCUGGGAUACAGGUGUUUAUGUGAUGUUGGAUUUCACCUUGCUAAAAAUCAGGUCAAUUGUACAAAGACCAGCUCCAUUUUAAUGUUUGCUGCAAAAUAUUCUCUCCGAGGAAUACCUGUUAGAGACACCAGCUACAAGGUCGAUGCCAUCCCUCAGGUCUUUGCUAAGAACUCUGGUCGACAAGGAGUAAAUUACGUUGCUCUUGACUAUGAUGCAGAAGACGAGAAGAUUUACUUCAGCGACAUCAGGAACUAUGCUAUAAUGCAUGCUAAAGUCAACAGCACAGAUAAGCCAAUGCCCUUGACGGUGAAAGAUGUACGGUCGGUGGAGGGACUGAGUGUGGAUUGGAUAUCGCGUAACCUUUACUACACCGACUUUUAUCGCAGCACAGUGUCCGUCCUACGACUCCAUCAUCCUGAGGAAACGCGCGUACUGCUGUCGGGCAUGGGAAAACCUCGCUCUGUUGUUGUACACCCACUCAAAGGUUGGCUGUUUUUCUCGGACUGGAUGAAGAGUUCCAUGCAGAGUCCAUACCUUGCACGUACGUAUGGUGAUGGGAAAAACAUGACCAAGAUUCGACAAUUUGAGCUUGGCUGGCCAAACGGUCUAAGUAUUGACUUUGACACAGAUCGACUAUUCUGGGUGGAUGCUUACUUUGACAGGAUUCAACAUUCUGAUUUAGACGGUGGUGAUGUCAAAACAUUGGUUGGUGUUAACAUUGCCCAUCCAUUUGGUAUUGUAGCUUAUAAAGAUCAUAUAUACUUUUCUGACUGGAAGCUUGAGUCGCUGAUCCGUACAGACUAUGAGGGGCGUUAUCAGACAACUCUGAGAAGUGGCAUAGAGUUUCUACGUGACAUCACCAUCUAUGAUAAAACCAUACAGCGCAAACCAGAAAAUCAUCCAUGUCAGAAUCGCAAUGGGGAUUGUUCACACUUUUGCUUUCCCGUGCCCUAUUCUAGGGACUCUGGUGCACUUGGUAGGGUCUGUGGUUGUCCAUUUGGGAAAAAGAUUGCGGAGAGCCAGCGAGAUUGUGUUAGUGAUCCCACUGAAAACAGGACUAUCGAAUGUUUGCCUGGAAACUUUCGCUGUGCAAAUGGAAGGUGUAUUCCACAAGCCUUCAGAUGUGACCAGGAUAAUGACUGUCUUGAUCACUCGGAUGAGACUGACUGUGACAAGAGAACAACGUGUCCUCCUCAUCAGUUCCACUGUAAAAACGGAAAGUGUAUCGGCAAACUCUGGCAUUGUGAUGGAGAUGAUGACUGUGGAGAUAUGUCAGACGAGAAAAAUUGCCCGGUUAAGAAGUGUCGUCAGAAUCAGUUCCAGUGCAACAACACCUUGUGUAUACACUAUCGUUUUAAGUGUGAUACUGACAAUGACUGCGGGGACGGGUCAGACGAAGGGAGUUUUUGUGAGACACACACGUGUGCGGCAGACUACUACCAGUGUGGGGAUAAGCGAUGUAUCCCAGACAGUAAACUAUGUGAUGGAUCCAGAGACUGUUUUGAUGAGUCGGACGAACAGGAUUGUCCCCCCCUGAACUGUACAGAAGGGAAAUGGACCUGUAAGACAGAGAGACAGUGUAUCCCCGAACGUUAUCAUUGUGAUGGUGCACCAGAUUGUCGAGACAGCAGUGAUGAAGUGGACUGUCCAUCACGAGAGGAUGGCUGUCUGAAGGAAGAGUUUAACUGUACACAGGGGGGUUGUAUUCCUCUGACAUGGAAAUGUGAUGGCCAGUCUGACUGCCCCGAUGGGUCUGACGAACCAGAUGACUGUCCUACACCGACAUGUUCAUUUGAGCGAUUCCGGUGUAAAAAUGGACGCUGUAUUGCCAAGUCAUGGAUGUGUGAUGGAGAUGAUGACUGUGGUGAUAACAGUGACGAGGACCAAAACCUCAACUGUCCACCUCCACCAUUCCGCUGUCCCUCACACCAGUGGCAGUGUCCGGGAGAAUUCCGUGUCUGUGUCAACACGUCUCUGGUGUGUGAUGGAAAUGAUGACUGUCCUGGAGGUCAUGAUGAGAGCGCCAUCUGUAACAAUGAUGACUGUAAGGUCAAUAACGGUGGCUGUAGCUUUAUGUGUCUCCAGACUCCUCGUGGGGCAGAGUGUAUGUGUCCACCAGGUCAUCGACUCCGCGGGCCUAAGUUGUGUGUUGACUGGGAUGAGUGUGAGGUGGCCGGAACUUGCAGUCAGCAGUGUAUCAAUACAAAGGGAUCCUAUAAGUGUGCCUGUGGAGAAGGUUACACACUUGUUGACCACCACAAAUGUGCCGCUGACAGGAACUUGACCAAGCCAUCCUUGAUAGUGACCAGCCACACGGCCAUUGUCCAUGCUGACCUUGACCUUCACUCCUAUGUGGCGAUCCCCCUGCUAGGUGUGAGGUCCAUUGCUGGACUAGAUGUUCAUGUUGCCAACAAAGAGAUUUACUUUAGUGAUUCUGCCCUGAAACGCAUUUACAGAGUUAAUGUGGACGGUACAAAUCUAACUGAGGUUUUCCCGGUGGGUGUAAAUGUGGUGGAGGACCUUGCUGUCGAUUGGAUAGGUGGAAAUCUCUACUGGAAUGACUAUGUGUUUGAAACCAUUGAGGUCUCGAAGCUCGACGGUAGCGUGAAGACCAUUCUGUUUAGUCAGAACAUCACAAACCCACGUGGUAUUGAAGUCGACCCUAGGAAAGGGUCACGGUACAUUUUCUGGACAGAUUGGGGACAACAUCCUCGUAUAGAGAGAGCAGACAUGGAUGGACACAAUCGUACCACCAUUGUCACUAAAAAGGUUUAUUGGCCAAAUGGCCUCUCUCUGGAUUACCCCAAUAGGAGGCUAUAUUUUGCUGAUGCUCGCCUUGAUUACAUCGAAUAUUGUAACUAUGACGGAUCUGGACGCAGACAAGUGUUCGCCAAUGAUCAUUUCCUGCGACACCCACAUGGACUUGUUGUGUUUGAGGAUACCAUCUUCUGGACAGAUCGUGUUGCGGGACGUGUUUCUCAGUGUAACAAAUUCAACUGCUCAGAUCGUGGGCUGACCAUCAGUCGUAUCAGCCGUCCCUUGGGUAUUGCUGUGAUGCACCCGGUCAGGCAGCCUUACAGUGCCCUUGAUGGUAACCCAUGUUCCAACUCAUCGUGCAGUCAUCUCUGUCUCCUGUCAUCAGUGAAGCCUAAGGGAUUCUCGUGUGCCUGCCCGGUUGACAUGAAACUGGAUGACUCAGAAAACAAGUGCAUUCCCUCCGACCUUGACUACCUGAUGUAUAUGACAAAGACAGGUAUUGUGGGUAUUGAUAUGGAGGACAAUGUGACACACCCCCUGCUUCCAGUCGCUAGUGUUCUCAGUGGGAUGAACAUGGACAUUGACAGCGCCAAUGGUAGUCUCUACGUUGUACAGCGUGGAGACAUUUUCAAUGCAUCGGUGGUGAAGGUAUCUAUUAGGGAUGGUAAUGUCACACAGUUCAUGCCAUCAAAGUUUUCGGGGUAUGUGCACGCUGUGGCUGUAGACUGGGUGGCACGAAACUUGUAUUGGGCCGACACCAAGGCAGGCACUAUUGAGGUGAUGAGACUCGAUGGUAAACAGUAUAGUAAGGUCCUUAUGUCCAACACAGGCAGACCGUUGGACUGUGACCAGCCGGUGUCUUUGACCCUUGACCCAUCAAAGGGGACUUUAUACUGGGCUGAUCUGGGUGGAAAUGGAGUGUCUGCUAAAAUUGCCUCUAUGCUUAUGGAUGGCACUGGUCCUCAGAUUGUCCAUGAGAGGCGAGUUGAGGUUCCUGGAGACAUUGCCAUAGAUACCAAUUCCAAUCUUCUGUACUGGGCUGACUCGGCGAAAAACUGGAUAAUGGCUUAUUCCCUAGACAAGACACACACUCACAGAACCCGAAUUGUGCACUCCAAGCUUGGUAACCCAACAGGUCUGGCUAUAUUCCACAGACGACUUUACUUCGCUGACCCUGACCAUGAGAGGAUAUACUACAUCCCACUGGACCACCCACGAGAAAUGCAUAUUGUCAAGGAAAACAUUGCCCUACUGACUGACCUCGUUGUUUACAAUGACCGUCACACGAAGGCGGUGGAGACUUUCCUUGUCGUGUCUCAGUCCGACCUCAUUCGUGGGUUUAACCUCAUAAAGAAAGAUCACGGAGAUGCCAUGCCUCCAAUCCGUGGUAGAGACAGACGAGUGAUUGAAGUGGAUGUUCAUGUUGAGAAUGACCACAUCUACUGGAUUGAUCAUGACCCUACAGGCCUUAGGGGGCGAAACUUUAAUGGUAUACGACGAAUCAAGCGUGACGGCUCAGAGUUUGAGCAGAUCAUCAAUACUGGCACUGGUCUGAAGCCUGGAGAUGGAGUUAAGGGUCUGACUGUGGAUUGGGUGGCAGGAAACAUAUACUUUUCCAAUAUCAAGAAUUACGAGACUUAUAUUGAGGCUGCGAGGAUGAAUGGAUCACAUCGCCUUGUUCUCAUACAGGAGAGAGAAUCUUCUCCUUGGGCCCUAGCUGUUAACCCAAUCAAAAGGUACCUCUACUGGGUUGAUAAAGGGCAGUUCCCAAAGAUUGAGCGUGCUCAUCUAGAUGGAACACAUCGCAAGAUUAUAAUUGAUAAAGGCAUUGUACGCCCCUACAGCAUCACCAUCGACAUUGUAACACAUGAUGUCUACUGGGUGGAUACACGAGUGGAUGCUAUACAGAAAGUCUCCUACACUGGCGGAGGGAGAGCCUACAUCCGUACCAACCUUCCAUCUCCAAUCAGCAUCACCAUCCUUGGUAACCAAAUCUUCUGGGCUGACUCCAAACUCAAACAGGUAUUGAAAAUAUACAAAAAAAACAUAUUGGAACCAAAAAUCGUGAGAAACAGCAUCAACAACCUGCGCAGUAUUGCUAUGUUUGAUGCAUCCAAGCAACCUAAAGUGGAGAAUCCUUGUUCAGGACCAGACAAUGGAGGGUGUGAACAGCUGUGUUUUGCCAAACCUAACAAGACAAAGCCUGUGUGUAUGUGUUCUACAGGAGACCUGGCUCCUGACAACAAAACCUGUAGUGCUCCGUCCGACUUCUUAAUAGUUGCCUCAGAAAGUGAGAUAAUUACAUUGUCUUUGGACCCAGACGUUCACUCUGCACCUCUCCCUCCGAUCACCAAGCUUAGUGGGGCUGUUGCUGUCGACUUUGAUUACACCAAUCGGUACAUCUACUUCUCUCAAGUGCUGGGACGCAAACUGAGCAGAGUGAAGAUUGACAGUUCUGAAGUAGAAAACAUUGUAGACACCAUCAAUAUCACAUGUAAGAGUUUACAGAAGACUGUGACAGCUGAGGGUUUGGCCACCGACUGGGUCGGACAGAAGAUGUACUGGGCGGAUGUCUUCCUCAGCCGCAUUUUCAGUCUUGACUUCAAUGCAACAAACAAAGUUGCUCUUGCCAAUGUUGCUAAUCCACGUGCAGUGGCUGUACAUCCUUGCAAGGGGUAUCUGUUCUGGACCGACUGGGGUCGUCUCCCUAAAAUAGAACGAGCUACAAUGUCUGGAAAUGGUCGUAAGACAAUUGUAUCUACAGACCUGGGCUGGCCUAAUGGUCUGAGCAUUGAUUAUGAUGGGGAUAUGAUCUACUGGGCUGAUGCAUUGCGAGACCGUAUUGAAAGGUCAAAUCUCAAUGGACAAUACCGUGAAGUCAUCGUCCAGUCAACUGUUCAUCCUUUCUCAAUGACUGUUCACAAGCACUAUAUAUACUGGACUGACUGGACACUUCACGGAGUGUAUCGUGCAGAAAAACAUACAGGAGCUAACAUGAUUGUAAUGAAAGAGGGAAUAACUCACCGACCAAUGGGCAUCAAUGUCUUCUCCAAUCAGCGCCAGAAAUGUACGGCCAAUCCCUGUGAGAUUUACAAUGGUGGAUGUGCCCAUAGCUGUCACCCCGCACCUGAUGGUAAGGCCGAGUGUCAGUGCAGUGAUAUUGGUUUGACCCUAGGAGAGGACGGAAAGUCCUGUGUACCUCUAAAGCAUACAUGUGGGACUGAAAACUUUGUGUGUGCCAAUGGCCGCUGUCUGAGUCAUCGCUGGGUAUGUGACUCUGAUGAAGAUUGUAAGGAUGGAUCUGACGAAAACCCAAAUAUGUGUGCAACCCACACUUGUGACCCGACCUAUUUCCGAUGUGACAACGGUAGAUGUAUCCCUCCCCGCUACCGAUGUGAUCAUGACAAUGAUUGUCAGGACAAUUCUGAUGAACGUGACUGUGACUACAAGCCAUGUGGCAGUGACCAAUUUACCUGUAGCAACUCUCGGUGUAUCAACAAAAACCUAGUGUGUAACCGAAUAGACAAUUGUCGUGAUGGCAACCGUACAGAUGAGGCCAACUGCCCCGAGAAGACUUGUGCCCCCGGAGAGACAAAGUGCCCAAACAGUAAUGUGUGUUUGGCGCGUCAGUACCUGUGUGAUGGAGAUAAUGACUGUGGUGAUAACUCUGAUGAAAACCCACUUUUCUGUAGGAAAGUCACCUGCCCUCUUGGUCAGUUCUACUGUACAAAGUCACUCAAGUGUAUCCCAGGAUCAUGGUACUGUGACGGAGAUGAUGAUUGUGGUGCUGGUGAGGAUGAACCCCCUACAUGUGGUAAGUCGAGCUCAGCCUGUAUUGGGACACAGUUUGUCUGUAACAAUAAAAAGUGUAUCUCACGACGCUGGGUGUGUGACGGCGACGAUGACUGUGGUGAUAACAGUGAUGAAGAGAAAGGACUCAACUGUGUUGAUGUGAAUUGUCCCGCUGAUUCCUUCACAUGUGCAUCAAACAAGAAACGUGGACGAUAUGCCUGCAUCGACCGACGUUAUGUAUGCGAUGGUGUCAAGAACUGUCUUAGCGGUGAAGAUGAAACGGUAAACUGCGCAGAGGUCACAUGUCAACAAGGCCAGUUUAAGUGUGCUAACGGAAUCUGUAUCGCCCAGAGGUUUUACUGCGAUCAUGAUAAUGAUUGUGGUGAUGACUCGGAUGAACCAAAGACUUGUGAUUACCCAGAAUGUGGUGCAGGAAAAUUUACCUGUUCAGACAAGCGUUGUAUCCCACUGUCAUACUUGUGUGAUGGUGCCAAGGACUGCUCCGAUGGUUCCGACGAAAAAGCUGCACGCUCCACAGAGAAACCAGAGUGUCCUGACGGACAGUUUAAAUGUGCCAAUGAUAACUGUAUUGACUAUCAGCUGGUCUGUAACAAGGUAGACAACUGUGGUGAUGAGUCGGAUGAGGACAGAUGUUACAUUGAUGAGUGCAGUCAGGACGACAUGAACCAGUGUGAGCAAAAAUGUGUUGACUCCAUCACCAGCUUUAAGUGUGACUGUUUCCCCGGCUACACACUCAGGAAUGACAAGAUCUCCUGUCGAGACAUUGAUGAAUGUAAAGAGGUUCCAGGGGCCUGUAGCCAGGGAUGUUUGAACUCGCCAGGAAACUAUACCUGUAAAUGUAAUGAGGGAUACUCCAAAACAGGAAACAUGCGGUUCUGUAAGAAAAAUGACAAUAUUAAGCCUUGGCUGAUCUUUACCAACAAAUAUUACAUCCGGGAACUGUCAAUUGAUGGCCAGCACUACAGACGUGUCGCACAGGGCUUCGACAGUGUUGUUGGGCUUGACUUUGACUAUGCAGAAGACUGUUUGUACUUCACUGAUGUAAAAGCAAAGAAGAUGUAUCGAAUGUACCUCAAUGGAACUGGAAAAGAGGCUAUCGUCAAACAUGACAUCUCUGGAGCAGAAGGAAUGGCUGUCGACUGGAUUGCAAAGAAAAUUUACUGGGUGGACAGUAAACGAUCGUCCAUGUUUGUCACAGAGACCAAUGGUACCAAUCGCCUGGCAUUGAUUCGCCGUGGCUUUGUCAAGAGUCCUCGUGCUAUCGUAGUUGAUCCAGCUAAUGGUUACGCAUACUGGACAGACUGGAGCCUGUCGCCAUAUAUUGGCUGUAUUGGGAUGGACGGGUCAAACCCCAAAAAAGUGAUCACGAACAAGUUGGGCUGGCCAAAUGCUCUCACAAUCGAUUAUGAAACAUCUCACCUGUGGUGGGGCGACGCCCAUCUGGACUAUAUUGAGUAUGCCAGAGUGGACGGCACUGACCGUAACAUUGUCAUGCAGGCCACUGUGCCACACCCUUUUGCCAUCACUGUGUUUGAGGACUGGAUGUAUUGGACUGACUGGAACCACAUGAGUAUUGAAAAAGCCAACAAGUUCACGGGAGCGAACCAUACCUGGUUACAGAAUACGACACACCGCCCAAUGGAUAUGCACAUCUACCAUCCACUGCGGCAAAAGGAAGGCCCAAAUCCAUGUGGAACAAACAAUGGAGGCUGUUCCCAUCUCUGUCUCAUUGCUCCUGGAGGACGUGAAUUUUCCUGCAAAUGUCCCGACAACUUCAUGAUGGCCCCAGAUCAGCAUACCUGUAUUGCUAACUGUACAAGUGGCCAAUUCCGGUGUGGAAUUUCUGACGAUCGCUGUAUCCCUUCUCUAUGGAAAUGUGAUGGCGAGGAAGACUGUAAGGAUGGAUCAGACGAACCAGAGGAUUGCCCUCCAAAGCACUGCGCCCCUGGACAGUUUGAAUGUCGGAAUAAGAAUUGUACAUAUGGUUUCCGCGUUUGUGACCUAGUCGACGACUGUGGCGACAAUUCUGAUGAGGAAGCAUGUGAUGAACGGCGCUGUGAGGCUUGGCAGUUCAAAUGUGGCACCAAUAAAUGUAUUCCACGAGGAUGGCGAUGUGAUGGAUCGGAUGACUGUGGCGACAACUCAGAUGAAAAUGAUAAUCAGUGUAAGAAUGUGACCUGUGGAUCCCACCAGUUUACUUGUGAUAAUGGCAAGUGUAUCCCCAGUACAUGGAAGUGUGACUAUGAUGAUGACUGUGGGGACCGGUCCGAUGAGAAACAGGAGUGGAACUGUACAACUCGGCAGUGUCAGAAAGGUUGGUGGAGAUGUAAGACAAACUACCGCUGUAUCCCCGACUGGCAACGAUGUGAUGGGCGUGAUGAUUGCCGUGAUAACAGUGAUGAAGAUAAGGAUAAUUGCCCGAAAUGUCAUCCAACAGGAGAUUGGCAGUGUGCCAAUAAGCGCUGUAUUCCCAAACGCUGGCUUUGCGACUUUGACAAUGACUGCGAUGACAAAAGUGAUGAGGAUCCUCUCAUGUGUGCAAAGAAGUAUCGGAAGUGUUCAGAGUCCGAGUUCCUGUGUAAGAACAAGAAGUGUAUCCCCAGUAAGAUGAGAUGUGAUAAUGACAAUGACUGUGGUGAUAAUUCUGAUGAAGAUCCACACUACUGUAAAGAGUACCAUAAAUGCCAAACUGACCAGGUUCAAUGUCCAAGUGGUCAUUGUAUCAGCAACAAAUCCAUGUGUGAUGGUCAGCGUGAUUGUAAGGAUGCUUGGGAUGAGCAAGCUUGUCCACCACGUUACCCUGGCAACCGGUUCUGUCCCACCAAUCAGUUUCAGUGUGAUAACACGAUCUGUAUUCCUCGUCGAUGGCGUUGUGAUGGAAACGAUGACUGCGGAGAUGGAUCUGACGAACGCCCAGAGAUUUGUCAGCUGAUAGACUGCCCCCCAGAGACACGAUUCCGCUGUAAUAACUUCAAAUGUAUCCCUCGCUGGAGACUGUGUGACAAAGUGGACAACUGCGGUGACGGCUCUGACGAGAACAACCUUGAUCUCUGUACACCUCGACCGGUCAAAUGCUCCACUGACCAGUAUAGAUGUGCCAAUCGUCAGUGUGUGGAUGCUGUCAAUGUCUGUAAUGCUGUUAUGGACUGUGAAGAUGCCUCUGAUGAACGUGGCUGUCAUAAGUUGUCAGGAAAUGUGAACUGCUCCGUACACAAUGGCGGCUGUUCCCAGACAUGUACUGACCUGAGUGAUGGAGGCUAUUACUGUUCCUGUCAAGAAGGAUACAAAAUUGCCGUCAAUGACCGUAAAUCUUGUGAAGAUGUUGACGAGUGUGCACGCUGGGGAACUUUUUGUGCACAGCAAUGUAAAAAUGUGAAAGGAUCAUACAAAUGUCUGUGUACUGACGGCUUCCAUGAUGUCAAGGGCAAAGGCACACACUGUAAACCUAAAGGUGGACAGAUGCUGAUAUUUUUUACCAGUGGUCAUGAGGUACGCCAUAUUAUCCCUGACAAAAAAGCCUACUCAGGAACACUGAGUUGGGGGCGCCACAUGGGGGCAUUAGAUGUUGAUGCUGACCGUCGCCUCCUAUAUUUCUCUGAUUUAUCAUUGAUGAAGAUUGAACGCGCAGGAAUUCCUGACGAUAUAAAGAAUGGUGGUCCACCGCGCCCACAAGAUUUAAAUGCAGAUGUGACUCAAGUUGAGGGCAUUGCUAUUGACUGGGUCACAAAGAAUAUUUAUUGGACAGAUUCAAGUCGCAGGACAAUAUCAGUUGCCCUUGACGAUGGCCGAUACCAGAAAACUUUGAUCAGUGAUGAUUUGUAUCACCCACUGGCCAUCAUUGUAAACCCGAAACUUGGAUUGCUGUACUGGACGGAUGCAGGCAGCACAAGACCAAAGAUAGAGCAGGCUUGGAUGAACGGUGAAAAACGGUCAGUCUUGGUCUCCACACGACUUGGCCGAGCCACAGGACUGACCCUAGAUGACCACAUGGAUGACCGACUUUACUGGUGUGACUCCAAGGAAAACUUGAUAGAAUCCAUCAAGUUAGAUGGGUCAGACAGGGUCAUUGUUGUUGGGAAAGGUCUAGAUAACCCUGUCAGUUUAGAUGUGUUUGGAGACUCACUUUACUGGGCAUCUCAACAAAUGGGGGCUGUCAUGAAGAUGGAUAAAUUUGGACGCGGCGUCAACAUUACAUUACAGACAGGACUACUGCUGCCCUCUAGUGUGCGAAUCAUGCAUCCGAAACGUCACAAUUUAUCAGUGAAGAAUCGGUGUGUGGGAGAUGAAGGAGAGAAGUGUAGCCAUCUUUGUUUGCUAACACCAAAUGGUUCUGCCUGUGCAUGUCCUGAUCACUCUCGGUUUAUUGAUGACUCAGACACACAAUGUGAUGCAGCUUGGGAAACAUCAAAACCUUCCCCAUCAAAAUGUUCCUGUCUUAACAAUGGAUUGUGUGUAAUGGCUGCCAACAGGACAUACAGCUGUCAGUGUAUAGAGGGCUACACUGGUCGCUACUGUGAAGUUAGUAAACCUGUCAGAUUGGUGGUGGAGGAUGAAUCACCGCGUAAGUUUUUACAUGUAGUAGGGAUAGGGAAGGGAAUGUCUAUUUUCUCAUUUGUCCUUCUGAAAUUGUUGCUGAAAGCAAAAGACCUAAAGCCAGGUGUUGGUACAGCUGUAACCUACAGAGAGGGAGGAAACAUUCAGAUUUCAUCGCCACCAUUUACUUACGAUCAGACAACAACAGAUACAGAUACAACACAGCCUUACAGCCCGGGGGUCCCAGGGAGUCAGGAGGGAGGAAUGGCCUUCACGACCUUCAGUAACCCUAUGUACUUUAAAGAGGACAAACAAGGAGAGAAAUCCAGCCCUACUUCAUCCCCCGCCACAACCCAAUCAGGAAGUGAUGCCAAGCAGGAUAAUGUAUCAUUUGAUGACAUUAAUUUCCAAAGUGACAGCACGUAA